UUGGUUUUGCUUGGAUUGGCUUGGCUUGGCUUCUCUUGCACAUAUGUUUGUCCAUCCAAUUGCCACUUGGAUUUUGUUAUUUGUUUUUUGUUUGUUUUUUUUGGGUUUGUAGUUGGUGGGGAAACAAUUGAAUAGCACAGAGCCACCCACCAAAAAAAAAGAGUGUGUUUACAUAUGGUGAGCGGGGGCCAAAGCGACCCUUACCUUUCACUUUUUUCGCCAAAUGGAUAUUCUAAUGACCUCACUUCUCCCAACUCUUGGUCUUGAAGACUGAGUGAAUUAUAUUUGAUCAGCCAAGAGCAAAUUUCAUAAUGUGGUGCAAAAAGCCAGUGGGCAGUGGCGAUGAUCAUCGGCACUCCAUCUUGGCGAAUCGAUACGCGGAAGUUAUAUAACCAAUGAUACCAAUAACCUCCCGACGCGUCGACGCUUUUCCAGCUUGGCCACGACCACGACUGCUGGUGGUCACAACACGUUUAACAAGUUUUUCUCUUUCGGUUUUUGAGUUUUCAGGAAAUUUUGCAAUUUUCCCCUAGCUGCUACUUUUUUUUUCCUCGCAGACACAGCCUGCAUGGAAACAAAUCAAAAAUCGAUUCAUAAACAAGUGGAAAUUACGUCAAUCCAAGAUUAUCCAAGUAGCUCAUUGUAAUCUUCCAAAUCCCAUACCAAAUCCUUGAAGCUCUUAUCACGAUGAACCAGCUUCCUUUUUAGCCAGCACACCCAUGAGCCAAGUGGCCCAGAAUCUGAGAUUGCGACAAUGACCGCGGAGGAGCACAAGGAAUUAGUAAACUGUGCGCACAACUGCGUCCCGCGGGAAAACCAGCAAAAUACCUAAGACAAUGCUGGCCAGAGAUUAGCCGAGCAUUGCACCAGAGAUUCCGAACAGCAGGUCCACAAUUAGAGACCAGAGACUCCGCGAGUCCCAGUGUAAAGUGGUCAAGUGGAGAGCAGUGGGGUGAAAGAAGAGCAGGAUCCACUGGCAAAUAUGCCAUACCCAAGGAUUGCCUUAGUGGCUCUUCUAUUGCUCAUCUCCAGUUGCCCCGGCAGGUCCUCGAAUGAGACACAAAAACAGGAGGCAGAGGCCCUCACAGGACAUCGGUUUUCGAGCAACAUCACCAUCCUGCAUGAAGUUGAGGACUCUGAAACCGAAACACCAUUAGUUUUGAACACACACGAGAUUCUGCCUCUCAAGCCGCUGAAGAAGAAGGCCUAUCUGCCGCUGGAGAAGAUCCUGCCGAGCAUUGAGUAUGUGAAGCCACCGCAUCCGCUCAAGGACUAUGAACUACAUCCGGUGACCUUCGACUUCAACUUGGGCGAUCUGGAGGAUUUGGAGCACGAGGUGAUCAAGAAGGGUGACCUCAGCAGCCAGGAGCAGCAUGUCCUGGCCUCGGGCACCAGCUACAGUCCCUCCAAUCCCGACGAGAACGACACCGUGGACGUGGAGCUAUCCACCGAGCCCACAACGGCCACCUUGCCGGGAACAACCACAACCACGACGACUGGAACUCCGGUGACAACCACCACCUCCAGCACCCACAUUCUGAAAAUCCUGCGCAGUAAGCCCCAAAUGGCGCCCAAGCUGGGACGCGAUCUGCUCAAGCAGAGUGGCGAUGAUGAACUGCAGGUGAAGACCCUGGGCAGCACCAUCAACAGCAUAAAUCGCUAUCUGGUGGCCAAUGCCAAUGGAACGGGCAACGGCAGCAUGGCCGAGAGUCUCUAUGGCCAGGCCAACUACUUCCAGCUGGUGGCCAAUCUCUAUGACCACUUCUAUUGGCAGAUAUCCGAGAUUCGGACGAGCGUUCGCACAGGUUGUGGCCUAGAGAUGCAGGCCUAUCUAACUGCCCUGCAUUCCAGUUAUGAGUGGGCGCAGAAGGCUUAUGACUCCUCUGGACGCUAUCGUGGCCAGCUGCUCUUUGGCAACGACAAGUGGCUGGGUCAGCUAUCUUUUUGCUACGAGGUCAAUCGCCAGAGUUCCAGUGAGGAACGGAAACACUUCGAUAUGGAGUUCUAUGUGGCGGAUGUGGCACUUCACUUGCCCCGGCUGAAUCGAUCGAUGCUCUUAAGCCUGGGAGAGUGCCUGCCCAAAUCCUGCUCUGCCCACGAUGUCCAGUCCAUCUUGUCUCUGGAUCCAUAUGCUCGAAUGCUCACCGUUCUGGGGGCACACAAUACCUCGGUGCAGCAACCUCCGCUCCAGGUUCUGCACGUCCGCACUGUGCCCGGUCUCUACAGUCACUGGCGACAGCUGAAGUUCCAGGUCUUCAUAAGCUUUAUGCUCACACUAUUCCUGGUGAUCCUGGUGGCCUCCUAUUACCAACUGAAGAUCGACGAACGUCGCUUGGUGGUGGCCCCGAUUGCGGCUAUUAGUGGCAAAUGCGAUGGAACCUCGGCGAAGAAUGGUGGCUUUUAUGCCAAGCCCUUCGAGCUCUUUCAAAUGCGUCCCUUGGGCAGCGCAAAUCCCACAACUGAUGGUCCCGACAUGGAUGUCAAUGGGAAUAGACAAAGAUCGGGGGACUCAACCGAUAUGGCGGAUGGUGUAAACGGGGUAGUUGGUGACCCCAACACCUCCACAGCGAUGGGCUCGAUGGCGGGCAAAUCGGAAAUGACCGAUUACCAGGUGGAAACUGGAAGCUGUGCCGGAGCCACGGGAACCUAUGAGGCAGAGCAACCCAUUGCCCUGCACCAGCAAAUACUCUUAUGCUUUGCCUUGCAAACCAAUGCCAAGGCCAUCUUAAAUAUUGACAAGACCAAGGAGGUAAGUUUAGAGACUCACACUUCCUGUCUGCAUGGUCUGAGGGUCUUCUCUGUUCUGUGGACCAUGAUGGUACACACCUAUCUGCAGAUGUUUGCCAUUGGCGAAAAUAAAUUUGAAAGGGUCAUCACGGAGCGUUCCUUUUGGUAUCAGGUGAUUGGCAAUGCCACCUUCUCGGUGGACUCGUUCUUCUUCAUCAGCGGCCUGCUGGUCACCCUGCUCUACCUCAAGCAGGAUCGCAAACAUCCUGCCGAGACCUGUCUCUUCAUCAAGCGCAGUUGUUCGGAAACCCUGAUGAUGCUGCUCUAUCGCUAUCUGCGACUCACUCCAGUAUAUCUCUUUGUGGUCAUCUUCAAUGACUUUGCCGUAAGACAAGGUUUGGAAACCUCGGUCUUUCAACCGGCCAAAAUCGAGCACAACACUUGCCGCGUCUAUUGGUGGCGCAAUAUUCUGUACAUAAACAACUAUUUUCCGCAGACGGAGAUGUGCAUGAUGUGGAGUUGGUAUAUGGCCAAUGAAAUGCAGUUCUAUGUGAUGGCUGCCCUGCUCUUGGCCUUGGCCAGAAAGUACUUUAAGGCCGUGGCUGUCACGUUAAUCGUAUUUCUACUUAGCUCUUGGAGCAUCUCUGGUAUUAUCUCCCUCCAGCACCAGUACACCCAUAAAGUGGCCCUGCCCUUCGAGUCCUUUGACUUCUUGUAUGACAAACCCUGGCAGCGAGUGGGCUCUUAUAUUGUGGGAAUGUGUGCUGGCUACGUUUUGUACAAGGUAAAGACUCCGCCGCUAGUCUCCAGGCGAUUAAACCUAUCCCUUUGGGCGGGCAGCCUGUUUGUGCUCCUCAUAGUGGUCUUUGGCGUUUGGGAGGGCCAACUGAGCACCGUCAGCAGCGCGUUCUACGUGGGCGUAGCCCACACCGCCUUCGGAUGCGGACUGGUGUGGAUCGUAUUGUCCUGCUGUUGGGGCCUGGCGCCCACCGUAAAUGCGAUCCUGUCGUAUCGCGUUAUGUGGCCCCUGUCGCGACUCACGUACUGCGCCUAUCUGAUCCAUCCCAUCAUCAUGUUCAUCUGCUCCUCGCACAUGAGCGGCACCGUCCACCUGAGCAAUCCCCUCAUCCUGACCCUGUUCCUGGGCAACGCCGUCGUGUCCUUCGGCUCAGCCUUUGUCAUAUCCGCCUUCUUCGAGGCGCCCGUCAUCCGAAUACUCAAGAUCUGCUUCAAAAAGUAAUCGAUCGGUACAUCCGUUGGGGAACUUUUGUUGAUUAUCUAGUUGGGUAGCCGAUUUCGUUAAUUGUUGGUCGAGCUACCCAUACAAACUUGGAGUCUGGUUGAUUCUUCUCCAUUAUGAUUUUUUUUUUGUCCCCGUGUCUGCAACGAAAUAAGGCACAUAACGAUGUCAGCUAAUGUUUAUACAUAUCUCUAGGCCUAAGUAUGUUAUAUAUUUGUAUAUAUUAAGAGGGUUUCGUCAGUGCGAGUGGAGUGUUUGAAAUAAAAUAUACUUAAACCAAA